GAACACACCCCGAGAGGUGCGGUCAUACCAUCGACGUCCAGGGGAGUGGCAACUCACGCCUCCGCCUCCACCUACCUUCACAAGCUCCAGGAUGACGCUAGCCCGUUUGUCGCUGCUCCUCACCAUCUGCGUGGCCGUGCUGGUGGCCGCCGCAGCCGGCAAGAGCCUCCAGAAGGACGUGUUCGUCCCGCAGUACGACGCCGAGGACCACAAACUGGAUGUGAUGCCUGACGACGGCACGGCGGAGACGGCGCUGCUUAACUACCUGUACGCCCGUCAAAUGCUGCGGCGACUCAGCAGCAACCUGGACGUGACCGAGCUGCAGCGCAAGCGCUCCUACUGGAAACAGUGCUCCUUCAACGCCGUCUCCUGCUUCGGCUAGACGACGAGCGUCGCGUACAUGGCAGCUGUCGCCCCGACAUCCGCGCUUCCCAUCCCUAACGGCAAACAUCAGGGGACGAGGGACUCGAAUCCGCGAGAUGCCGUGUGACUUUUUGGAAAUAUUAGCCGACUUAUUUUGGUGAAAUUCACUCAUAGAAGUGCGACAGUUGUAAGCCCCUGUGGAAUGUCCCCCGCGCAGUCUUUGUGAUCUCAAGCCCGUCCUCUGUUGCCGCUUUUCACAAUGCGAAAAAACGAGCGAGCUUGAACUUGGCUGGCUUAUAACUGAUUGCUUUUUUAUGAUGUGGACUAUAUUUCAUUGUCUCUUGCUAUCUUAUGGAAAUUAUUUGAUCAUGAAAUGCCUGUCAGAUUCAUAGAAUAUGUGACAAACGCGGUUUCAUUAUGUUGUUAUGUUUUCAUCUUUUUACAUCUGAAGUGCCGUUACAAAUAAACUUCGAAAAAUA